CAGUGGACAUCAGGAGCUGCAUCCACAAUUCGAACCUUGUGGCAGUGUGUGCGCGCCAUGCACCACACGCCGACGAUGAUGAUGAUGAUGAUGUUCAUGAUGAUGAUGAUGGGUGGACCGAGCGGAGGUGGACCGGUAGGGCUCAUUUCUUCAUCUGUCUUCACCGCAGCGUCAAGCACCCCGAAGCCCUUGCACCUUGCACACCGCUCUCUCCUUCCUGCAACCCUGGCCACAAGACCGGAUCGCAAGCCCGCAGAAGCCUGAUCCAAUGCAUUAUUUACGCGCAAAACUUCAGCAACUCAUCUACCGGAUAUGGCUGCCGGUCUGAGGAAGCGUGCGCCAGGGACAACCCUGGCAGCGGACCCUGCUCCGGCGAGGGAUGCCGGAGGAAGAGGAGGAGGAUGCAGAAGAGGAGAAGAGGGAAGGCGUGCGAGAAGAAGGAGCAGGUGGCGGAGUGGAGCGCUAGGAAUGCCUGCAAAGCGUGCGCUGUCUGCGGGGAUGUUUUUACUCCUGCUCCGGUGCUCUUUGGCUGCAGAGGAAAAGAACAGCUAUGAUGCCUCUGGCUCCUCGUCUUUACCGAGCGACCCCGCAGUCCCAGCUGCUCCUGCUCACCCAUCGGCCCCCCAUUCAGAGGCUGGCUCCAAAUCUGAGGGGCAAGGCCUAUUGGGCCUUCCUGCCUUUUCGUCUGUCUUAACUGUCAUGGCGGAAACUGUCAAACACCCAGAGAGCCUUGGUCACAGAACCUCCCCGACACUCUCCACUGAUAUCAACAUCACCCAAUGGCCUUCACACGGUUCCAGCCAAGACUCAGAGGCGCCGUCUUCAUCAUCCCCAGGUCGUUCAUUGGCGGAGAGGGACAAGUUAACCGCUGGGACAUCUCGAGUGUCUGCGCCUUCUAAUUCUACCGGAACGAGUCCUCCUGGGCUUACUGAGAGGACAUCUCAGGUAUCACCUCUGACUGCUCAACAGGACACCACCACAACAUCCGUGCAGUUCAGCACCACAAGCCUGGCUGCAAGCGCCACUGCAACAAUGCCCCACAGUUCAACACCUUGGCAAAGAGUUACCACCACCAUACAGUCAACCCCUAAAACCUCAGUGCUUCCUAUGACCAUCUCCUGGAAAACAACAAGCACCACAACCAUCAGGGCACCAUUCACCAGGAGAAUAUUCAUCCCGCCCAUCCUGAGGACGAGCCCCCCGAGAGAAGGCGCUACUGUCUUCAUCUCCCCUUUUACCACCACCACUGAAGCUCCGCCUCAGCAGUGCAAUAUUACGGAAAGAAUGUGGGUGAAAACAGUUGUGUCAAUCUAUGUAAGGAGGAACAGACUGGACAGCAUCCAAAGGCAGAAUCUGCGCCGGGGACUCAGUCAAGGCCUCCGGAAAGCUCUGAAUGAUAGCUCAGCCCAAGCACAGGUGGAGACUGUAUUUGGUUCACCCAACAUGACGGUGGCUUAUCAUGUGACUGGAAGAGACAUGGUUUACGUCCCCUCCAUGGUGCUUUCGGGCUUGGAUGCAUAUGGUCGUGAUAAGCUGAUUGCAGAUCUGCGCCAGUACCUCCCCAUGGUUACAGCACUCCCCAUUCCUGUUGCAAUGUGGAGAACCAGCCCGGCUUCUGGCUUCCAGCUUAAAACAGUUCUGCAGUUUGUGGGAGCUGCUGAUGAUCCACGCUCCUGCCAGUUUUCACAAAUGAUGGAAGAGAGGCUGCAGAAGGUUUUUUCUGAAGCGCAUGCCAAAGUGCUCAGUGUCAACAGCAAACUGUCUGUGCAGAUGCUGACUGUCUCCCAGGCUGCAAGCUCUUCUGCUGUGUCAUUGGUUUACAGUGUGAAAAAUGGGACUGUCUUCCUUAAUGGCACCACUGCUUCAAACCUCCUUGGUCAGCUGUCCUCUGAGUUGGUGGGCUACUUCCUCUUCUACCCCCCACUUAUUGUUGCUGAACCAUCGGAAUAUCACAACCUAAACACCUCUAUUGCCACCCGAGACUUUUGGGUUAUCACAGUAAUCCAGGAUGUGGAUAACGCCAGCCUGGCCGAACUGUACCAAAGCUUUGCCAGUCUGAUGGAGCAGAGGCUUGCCGAGUUGUUUGUGCUGGCAGGCCAGCAGGGCACUCGCUUCAAACGAGCUACCGCUGUCGGCAGCUACACUGUCCAGAUGGUGAGUCUCAGAAGAGUGCCCGGAUUGAAGAAUCCAGCAGAGAUGACCUACUAUGUUCAGCACAAUGGCAUUCCUUUAGCGGGCGCGUCAGCUGCCAAGGUCCUCAACACGGUGGAUUCUCAGACCAUGGCGCUCACCCUGGGCUACUUUGUUCAGCUGCAAGCAGAACCUGUGGUCAAGAACCCUCCAAAUAACCUUUGGAUCAUCGCUGCAGUGUUGGCGCCCAUUGCUGUUGUGACACUCAUCAUCCUCGUAAUCACAGCUGUGCUGUGCAGAAGAAACAAAAAGGACUACAAAGCGGAUGCAAUCGGAAACCUCAAUCCACGAGCAAAGAUGGCCUACCGGAGGGACGUCAACUACUAUCACCAGCCGGUUCAAGGGUUUGACUAUGCCAAGCAGCAUUUGGGGCAGCAGGGAGGCGAUGAGGAGACCCUACCACCUGGUCAAGAUACUUUGAUGUUGUCCCUGAAAAUUCGGGAUGCGCCACUCUCACUGGAGAAGACCUUGAAACAUGAGGGCACAGUCAACAAGGGGAACGUUACCAGUCACAAACACAAAAGCAAGUUGUUGAGUGAGGACGGUUCCGUCAUCAGCAGCAAAUCAGAGCUGCGGAAUUCCGUCCGGGGCUUGGCGGCGCCGAAAAUCACAGCGCAGCAGAAAACGACAAAGGAGGAGGCGCACAAGAGAGACGAUCCUUAUGACACUUCCUCUGGCUCCCUGCAGCUUAUUUCGAUAAAGCCCAUGACGGCUCAGCUCAACUACUUGCAACACGUUCCUUCUGACCGUGACUCAUCCAUGCUUAACGGAGAGGUGAAUUUAGCCCUCAAGCAGCGGUCGGACAUGGAACAAUACAGGAAUAAGCUGAGAAUCAAGGCCAAGAAGAAGGGCUAUUAUGACAUUCCUCCCAUGGACGGCAGCAGUUACAGCAGCCAAGCCCUUUCGCAAAGACAGCGGCACGGCCACAAGAAGGCGGAGCUUGAGGAGGAGCGAAAUGCCACCUUUGUCAAGUCACAAGUGAGGCACAAUCAGGUAGGGAAGACAUCAUAUCGCAGCAGACAGAGUCUGAACAGUCCAAGUCCCGGAGGAACUGAGAUGGAUUUGCUCGUGAUGAGGGAAAGACCCAGGAAAGGCAUCCGGAACAGCGGCUAUGAUACCGAGCCUGAGUUGAUUGAAGAAACAAACGUCGACCAUUUAACGGAUCAGAGGGACUUCGUGUACGGCCGCAGUCUGAAAGGCCAGUCACAGACGUCUACCCUGAGCUCACAGCCAUCCAUUGAUGAAGUGCGGCAGCAGAUGCACCUGCUCCUGGAGGAGGCAUUCAGCCUGGCCUCGGGGGGGCACUCAACAUCCGGGAGGCACUCCCACCACCACCGCCCACCUCCCGAGCAAUACAGCGGCAUUCCAGCUUCCCUUCCCUAUACAGAUGUGGUAACCAGUGCCCCGGGCACCAUAAGCUGUGGUCGUGGAGGACUGCAGUGGAGUCCAUCUUACGGAGCAGAUGUGUACCAGUGCAGUUUGCCCAAGCCAGCCUUUCACUUCACCCAGCUGCCUGAAAUGGCAAUUAGCUCUCCUCCUCCUUUACCACCUCGCACUGGACCACCUCCUGGCACCUCCUUAAGACGUUCCAUCUCUGACCUGGGGCCCAAGGGAAGAAGCUCUCAGACAUCUGUCAGUGAAACGCAGACUCCACAUGACAACAACCCAUAUGGGCCAAGCUCUCGGGCAGCACUUCCAUCCAUCACUUUAGAGCAGCCUGUGUCCAACUACUCAGGAAACCCGAUAACAGCCGUCUAUUCCAUCCCAGCCAGCAGGCCGGAUUACUCAGACUAUAUUGUCUCCGCCUCGCCCACCUCCUACCACAGUCCCUCUUGGAUGUCCUAUCCUCCAGAACCGGAAGAUGUGUCACAUCAGUGGACAGACUCUCUUCCUUUGCCGGGUUAUGUGGAGGCUUUUCCUCAUCCUCGCUACCCACAGGGGAGCUCAUCCAUACUUCCCCUACAAUACACUCAGGCUCUGGACCAACAGCCUGCCACCCAGAGCACAGCAUCCCAGAAAAGCUUACAGCAGGGGAUGGACACGGACAACGUUCCCCUGAGCAACCUCUCCACCUCUGCACUUGUACAUGCUAUACGACAAGAGGUGGCCAAGCUGGCAAAGAAGCAGAGUGAAAUGUUUGACUUCUAGUAUGGAUCCUGCCCUCCCUUGUUAAUGUUGCAUUGGCCCACAACAGACUCAUGAAAGUGGCACUCUUUCAGACUGAUUUUUGAUGUUUGUACUGUAAGAUGACCAGAUCUUGUUAAUCCAUUAACUGAUUGAUUUAUUUUCUUACACCAGUCAGCUGCUAGCAUAAAGCAGCUACGCAAUUGUUGUUUUAUUUCGGAGAGAAAACCCACACCUCCUCCAAUUGAUGUCCGAAUUGACUGCACCCAUAUCAUUGUAGAUAUGUCUAUAGUACGAACAGACUACAGUAUUAGGAGGACAAUAUCAAGCAUUGUUUUUACCAAACGUACCAAACAAUUCCUGACAGCCUGUGUGUUGACCGCAGCAUAUACAAGCAUGUAAGAAGAUAUUUUAUCUCAUUUGCUGGCAUCAAACAGAUUUGGUGACGUCAUUGUCGCCCCCGUUUUAAGCAUCACACUAUCAUAACCAGCUGCCUUGCAGACUAAACAAUUCCAGUAUGUUUGCUUUUGUCUUUAAUCAUCAGGCUAGGACCACUAUAAAACCCUUUGCUGAGGAAUAAAAUGCGUUAAUUCACUGCACGCUGUUAGCAAUUCAUCUGAGUGGAAGAGACACUCAUAUUUUAUUUUGGGAUAAAAGCCUUCAUGGAUAAUGCUAAACUCAAUUGUUAGUGCAGAAUUGCUGUCUGGGGAUUGUAAAGUGAGAGCGGAUGCCAAUAAGUCCAUGGAAGUUUAUAGCAGGGAGACUUUGUAAACAGCCAGGUGCUAGAAAUUGUCUCCUUGUAACAUGCAGGGCUAUAUUGCCAGUGAGGUUAGAAGAAAGCUGCAAUUUUUGAAAAGCUAUUUGCCUAAAAUGUCUGAUUCACAGUUGAAUAUAUCAUUUUCUCUCACUCAAGAAAUGUUUUGUAGUCAAACAUUCUGCUCAAGAAAAUAAUGAAUAAAUUGGUCAGCUCCCCAAAUUCAACUUCCCACUGAUAAGAACCAGAGCAGCACUUAAGGUUUGAACUUUACAACAUAUAGUCAAUGUGAUUUUUGUGUGCAUAAUGAAUGCAGAGUCAUGGCAGAAAAACAAUAAGAUGGCUAAAGGGUUUUACGUGCUCUUUGGCAGAACAAAAAUGUAAAUGAACAUGAGCUAAAACAAUCAGAAAACAUUGUGUCUCCUUGUCUUCCAUGACCGAGUUCCUAAUUUCCACUUAAUCUGCUCAUUGAGUGGAGGGAGAGACAAACAACGAAAGCACUAAUAGCCUAUGUGAUUAAACUUAAUACAUUUUUUUUAACUAUCAGUAUAA